CCUGACACCAGUCUUCAAAAGCCAUCUGAUUCCUUCCAAAUCUGCGACCCAGCAUCCCAGCCGUUCUCUCGGGGAUCCUCCGAGCAGCCUCUUUGAUAGGCGUCGCUGAUAUUGAGCUUUGCAGAGCUCGCCCACGUCGACCACCCCACGCGAACAACGCUGUGUGCGAUUCCACCAUCUUGGCGACGGCGAGCAUGAAGAGGCAUAUUAUGACUGGCUUACGAGACUGAUAAGCCGUGCUUGUGAUGAACACCGGUGGCAGCCUCGCGUGGGUAUUCUACUGCCUCGCCACCCACCCCCAGAGCCAGGACGCCAUCCGCAGAGAGUUAGCCAGCUUCCCAGACGGUCCCGACGCGGACUACGACCAGCUCCCCAUGGUCCACGCGGUGGUCAUGGCAGCCGUCCGCCUGUACCCGGGGUUCACGUUCCUGCUCCGCAAGGCCAUCCGCGACACCACGAUCGGGGACCAACUCAUCCCCAAUAACACGUUCGUGGGGCUGUGUACGCGCGCGAUCAACCACGCUGAGCACCUGUGGGGGCCGGAUGCCGCCGCCUUUCGGCCCGAGCGCUGGCUGGAGCGAUCGGCCGAGGGGCCCGGGCUCUUGAUCAGUCCGCUCGGGGGCGCCCCGGCGUCGGAAGGGACCUCGCCCUGGCCCAGAUGAAACGGCAGAUCGCCGUGGUGGUGCGGCGGUUCCGUCUGGAGACCGUGGGCCGCGUUGAGGAGUUUCGUCCGUGCGGGUUGUUUGCAGCCACUCCCCCCGCCGGACCUUCUGGUUUGGUUCACGGAGCUUGAAGGGUAGUUAGUAAGUAAGGGAUUUCGGCGACACCAAAUGAAAUGGCUGGCCUGUCUGGCGGACAUGACAGUGGCGCUAUCGGUGGGCUAGUAGGAAGGAUGUAACUAAUAGCCACUAUGCAAAAUUCGAUUGCGCUGGU